UCUUCCUCGAAUAUUUUAUCCAUUUUACCAAAACCCUCCAGGAAUCCGUUCCAAUCGCAAGAAAUCUCGUCAUAGAAAUGGCGACUCUUUCCAUAUCUUCAACCGCUAGAGCGUUUUCUUGCUCUUCCUGCUACUCUCCGUCUUCUUCCCCUUCCUCGUCAACGCUCUCUUUAUCCAAAAAGCUUAAAUUUUUAUCGUCUUCUUCGAGCAGUUUUCUUGCUUCGAGCUUCAAGAUCAGUGAGAGUAGUAAUGUCCCACCCAGAAAACCGAUGGGGAUUCGGAUGGCUUGGGAUGGCCCUCUCUCUUCCGUCAAACUCAUUAUCCAAACCAAACACAUUGAGUUAACACCUAAUGUGAGGAGCUAUGUGGAGGAGAAAUUGGGUAAGGCAGUUCAAAAGCAUAGCCAUCUGGUGAGGGAAGUGGAUGCUAGGUUGUCUGUUCGUGGGGGCGAGUUUGGGAAAGGCCCAAAAGUUCAAAGAUCUGAGGUGACUUUGUACACGAAGAAGCAUGGAGUUGUUCGUGCAGAGGUGGAUGCGGAGACACUGUAUGGGAGUGUGGACAUGGUCUCGUCAGUUAUACAGAGAAAACUGCGGAAGAUUAAGGAGAAAGAUUCUGAUCAUGGUCGGCAUAUGAAGGGCUUUGACAGACAGAAGGUUCGGGAUCCGGUUGUACUAGCAGAGGAAGAAGCUUUGGAGCCACUUCCUCUAGUAGAAGAGGAACAAGACAAAGAUGAGGGCUUCAUUGAUGAGGUUGUCCGGAAAAAGUACUUCGACAUGCCACCUUUGACGGUUGCUGAAGCAAUCGAGCAGCUAGAGAAUGUGGAUCAUGACUUCUAUGGCUUUAGGAAUGAGGAAACCGGGGAGAUUAACAUUGUCUACAGAAGACGAGCCGGGGGUUAUGGCCUUAUUAUUCCAAAGGGAAAUGGGAAAGUUGAGAAGUUGGAGCCUAUUGAGGCCGAGCCAAUCAGAGAACCAUCCCGCGCUUAGCCAGAUGGAUUUGGUGAGCAAUGAGAUAACAAAUGCAUAAUGUGUUUGCUGUAUAUUUGAUCGUUUAACAAUAAUAUGUUUCAAUCACACUGAUGGAUCCACGACUUCUAAUCGUUCGUUGGUUGAUCCACCACGAGUUAAUAUCGAAUAAGGAGUGGUUUUAGUAAGAAUGCA